GGACCUUAAGGACUGUACAACACAAGUUAACCAGAAGGGGGCAGCACAGUAACUUAAGGGAAGCCGGCUGCCUCUAAAAACGCCAGAAGAAGAAUCAGAAGCCCUUUCCCUUGAAACUUCUUCCAUGCUUUCAAAACCCCUCAUAGAGUCGCAGGUUUAGCAAACACUAUGGAUGUGUUAUACGGUCCCCUGGGUUUGGGUCUCGUCGCCGGACUGGGCUGCGGACUCCUCCUUGGCUGGCACCUCCGGACACGCCUCGGCCCCUCAUCCAAGAGCCUGAUGAAAGCGGUGGGGAACGGCACCGGGGAGGACAGCAUGAUGGGAGAAGGAGGGGAGUUCAAGAUGGUUCUGGUGGUCCGGAAUGACCUGAAGAUGGGCAAAGGGAAGGUGGCAGCCCAGUGCUCCCAUGCUGCAGUAAGUGCUUAUAAACAGGUUCAACGAAGGAACCCUGAGCUGCUUAAGCAGUGGGAGUACUGCGGUCAGCCCAAGGUGGUGGUGAAGGCCCUUGAUGAGGACACCCUGAUAGAUCUGCUGGGCCGAGCCAGAGAGGUGGGACUCACUGUCAGCCUCAUUCAGGAUGCAGGAAGGACACAAAUUGCGCCUGGCUCUCGCACCGUGCUGGGGAUUGGUCCUGGUCCAGCCAAUCUGGUUGAUGGUGUCACCGGAGACUUGAAACUCUACUAAAGUUUUUGUUAUAUCUGCAUCUUAGGACAAGAUUUUGUAAUUAUUAAAGCUGUUGUGAAUAGGAAUAAUCCGGAUCUGUGUUGAAUUUACCUUUUACACAUCACCCAUCUGUAAAGCAGAAAGUAAUUUAAUUUGUGUAGUAGUAAUUACAAAUUGGGAUGUAUAUAUUUACUUUUUUUGAUGAUUUAACAGUGUUUAUCUUUAGAAUGUACAGGCAUUAAAUUUCUUUCCUGCAACAGCCUA